UAUGGUAAUUUCCGAACGCCAAAUGUGGCCGCCGCGACAUACAAGAACGAAUUACGAAAGUCCGUAUUUGGAAGUUGAUUGAAUUCCUUGAUUAAGGUCGGAGAAAUGGCGAGUGAUGGUGGCGGUGGAAAGGUCUCCUUCAAAGUGACUCUCACCUCUGAUCCGAAGCUCCCUUUUAAAGUGUUUAGCGUACCAGAGGCAGCCCCUUUCACGGCUGUUCUGAAAUUCGCCGCAGAGGAGUUCAAAGUGCCUCCCCAGACCAGCGCUAUCAUCACCAACGAUGGUGUUGGAAUUAAUCCUCAGCAAAGUGCAGGUAAUGUCUUCCUGAAACAUGGUUCGGAGCUACGCCUCAUACCUCGUGAUAGGGUUGGAGCAUCUGGGAUGUGAAAAUCUGCAUUAUUAUCAGAACAAAAAGACUGGCCUUUCUUCACUGGUUAAGUUGUGUUUUUGAGUUGGUUUCCUUUAUAAUUAAUUGGAGAGGAAUUUAAAACUUUCUGCGCAUCAACUUAGUGUAACUGUUUUAUGUUAAGAGAUGGAAGUUGUCU